GGCGCUGAUGUGGGCGGCCGGGCACGGCCGCGCGCCCCUCUGCGCGCUGCUGCUGGCCGAGGGCGCCUUCACCGAGGCGGUCGACUCCGGGGGCUGGACCGCGCUGUUCCGCGCCGCCUGGCACGGGCGGCGGGCGGCCAUCUCGGUGCUGAUCCGCGCGGGGGCGGACGUUGAUUGCCAGAGCGCCAAGUACACCCCGCUGAUGGCCGCGGCCCGCUUCGGCCACGCCCCGGUGGUGGAGCGGCUGCUGCUCGCGGGCGCGGACGCGGCCAGGAGCACCGUGUUCGGGGAGACGGCGCUGUCCCUGGCCUCGCACCAGUCCCACAAGGACGUCGUGGCGAUGCUGCGCGGGGAGCGGCCCCACGGCGCCGCCGCGCCCGACCACUGCAGCUGUGGCAUCCCCGAGCCAUGGAUGUCUUCGCCGGCGCCCCGGGUGCUCAUCCCGGCCGGCUGCCGGCGCCACGCAGUUGGAGCCGUUGGGUGCAGGGAGGCGCAGAGGGCCUUCGAGGCAGCCCUGGCGAGCAGCUGAGACGGGCGCCGGGGCUGGCCGCCGCUGGGGCGGCCCCCUUGGCGCACAGGGGUCGCGGGCAGGCGGCGCCGCUGCCUCUCUCCGUCGACGCCCCCCCGCCGCCCGCCGCGCGCCCCUAUCCUCUGAGAGCGCCCGCGCCCCGCGCCCCGCGGGCCCAGGGCG